CGCGGGGAGGCCGCUGGGGGCCGGCCGCGCGGUGCCUCCCCUCCCACGGGCGCCCCGUCGCGGCCGUGCGGAGCCGGCUCCCGGCGCUGGGCGGGGGCUGUGGCCGCCAGGGUCUCCCCCCGAGCUCCGGGAGCCGGCCGCGAUGCGGGAGGACGGCGCGGAGCCCGGCAGUUUCAGCGACCUCUUUGAGGCAGGGACAGGCGUGAACGCACCUGCAGAUGCCUUCGGUCAGUCCCCAGCUCACCUGGCCGCGUGGGGCGGUGAGGCUUUCUUCCUGCUGUGGCAGCUGCAGACAGGAGCCGACUUGAACCAGCAGGAUUGCCUUGGAGAAGCCCCAAUUCAUAAAGCAGCAAAAGCUGGGAGUUUGGAAUGUCUUGCUCUCCUGGUUGCUGGUGAUGCCAAAAUUGACUUGCGCAACAACAGGGGGCAAACAGCAGCAGACCUUGCGCUGGCUUGUGGCUUUCUGGAAUGUGCCAAGUUCCUGAAAACAAUUCAGCACACUCAAACUAUGAAACUGAGAGGACAGUCUGGCUCCUCGCUAAAUGGCAACCACGGUGUGCUGAGUGAGGAUCUAGCAGCACAGGAACAAGAAUGGGAAGCAAGCAGAUCAACAAGCAGGAAGAGGAGAAGGUCAGAUGGUGUGUAAUAUCAGUGGCUUACCAUUUGUUGUAUUUUAAUCUUUUUUUUGUACUUUUAGCAGUUAAGUAAAUAAGUUUGGUGAUAGGUGCAGGUAAGCUGGAUGUAGAUGCCUGUCAGUAAGUCCUGAUUUGCAUAUGUAAUUAAGGUUAUGGUCUUGUCAAAAAUGGAUAUUGUGUUUGGAAUGGCACUGAAAAGUUUACCUAUGACUUUUUUAUUUCUUGAUGUUAUUCUCAACAAUGUAUGAAUGGAGUAGCUGACCAGGAUAGCAGCCUUACCCAUACUACAACUGUGUCCUUUGAUGACAUUAGAUACAGGCUUAUUUAUGUGUUCAUGUGACAGAUCUGUCUCUUAGUUGACAAAAGAAAGGGCUUGUCACCCCUAAGUCCAAUUUAGGGGAAUCUAAAGUCUGAGAAAACAUGACUGGACUAUCAAUUGAGUGACUUGCUGUGUGCUGUUACAUUGUCUCCUUCUGAGAAGGAGCAAAGCUGGUUUAUUUUUACUUCUUACAGAAGACUUUUUUUUUCCCAAAACAGUUGUAUUCAUACAGCUAUAAAUAAAUAAGCAUAUAAUAA